AGCGCGUUGUGUAAGACUGUGAACGCCCAACGGGUCCGACAUCUUUCCUCCUCUCUCGAUCUCUCUCCGUUCUGCAGGCCCCUGCGGAACGCACAUCAUGGACGCCAACACAAGAGAUAACGUCUUUUCACGAGGUCCUUCACCCCCGCCUCACCAGUCCUUUCAGGCGUCCCUGUCGCAGGUGAACGACCCGCACGUUUCCCCGGCCCCUUCUUACCGUGAACCUCCGCCCGCCUCGUCCACGGCUCACCUCGAUAACCUGUUCCAAACGUUGAACGCGCCCUCUAACUCUCAUGUCAGUCCGCAGCCAAGUCAUAACGGUUCCAAUAUCUAUGCUGGUCCGCAGGAGGCGAAUUCGGGCCAUGCCACCCCGGCUUCUGUGAAUGCUGGCUCUAUUUCUUCCUCUAUGUCGGGCCCGAGCAACCAGGCCACUGAGAGGCAAAACGCUCUUCUGUCUCUGCUAGGAAGUACAGUGUCGGGACCGCCUAAUGUCCAAGGAGCAGCCCCUGGCGCUCCCCCUCCGCCUCAGCAAGUGCCGACGCCUCCUGGCUCGGCCCCGAGGAGUGGUAUGACUUCGAACGAGUCUCAGGGCAAGUUGUUGCUGGAGCAGCUCAUGUCAGGAAACGCCCCGCAGUACAACUACCCUGAACCCCUUUACCCCAGCAUUGCGCCUACUACGUCUGUUCCUUCGCCAUCAUACGUAGCAAACACAUCUGAGGCGGGACCUCGUCACGACGUCGGUGACAUCGCACCCCCCGAACCUUCGUCGAACAUGUACGCUCCGCCGACGUCCGACAUGCUGGGUCCCCCUCCUGCUCACGACCAACGCGCUCCGUCGCCCGCCCGUAAAUCUCAAUUCGAGGCCUUUGUUUCGCCAUUCGAGGCGUUGGCGAACACAUCUUCUGGCAGCAAGCGCAAGCCGCCGCCGCCGCCUCAAUCAUCCGGCAUGCCGAGCAAUUCUGAGGAAUUUUCCUUCCCAAGUUUGACUAUCGAUCCCAAGCGAAAGUCUGUAGAGAAUCUAAUGGAGCAGCUCACGAGGGGGCCGGUACCCCAGCCUGCGCCUGUACAACAGAUGUCUGUAUACGGCCCAUAUACUCCCAGCGAGGAGUUCACGCCGCAGGCGGAGCCUGCGCAGACGCGUGCGUCUCGUCCACUUCCUCCCCAACCAGCACAUGCGCCAUCGCCUCCUCGCCUGUCGCCGCCGAAGCAGCAGGCCCAGGUGCGUCAGCAGCAACGUCGUUCUGCCGAGUCGCCUGUGGGUCCUGUGUAUGGGCCCGCUCUUCCUGCGUCCGGUUCUGGGUACAGGAACAGCGGAUCUGAAGGCAGGAGCCGUGGUGCUCCCAAGAACAAGAACACCAGUAGCCCGAGUUCGCAGGCACAGAGUAUCGUCUUUGACGUAGCGCAGCCUCUGGAAGAAAUUCAGGCUCCUCGUGACGCUGUGAAGACGACGGCCAUCGCACUCGUCAAGGUCGAUGCAACGUUCCUACCUGGCUCUACCAUUGGAGCGACGCACUGGGUCGCAUACGCCAUGACCAAGGGUCGUGUCCGCGUCAUCUCCCGCUCAAGUGGAGACCGUACACUGUUACAGCUCCCCCCGCCGUUCCCGCCCCAGGCAGCCGUGAGCGACAUGUCUGUUCACGGCAACCGUCUAGCAGGAGUGACGUCUGACGGUGGUUUCGUCGUGUGGGAGUUGCCUGAAGUAAUCACUGAUGACGUCCCGUAUGCCGUGCCUGCCAGUCCACCUGUGGUUGCUGACUUAUUAUAUCACUCCAGGGGUGCGAUCAUGCUCUGCGUUGAGCCCACAGACGUAGAUUCUCUCCACGCGGUCAAGUGGCAUCCGCAGGAGCCGGACUUGGUCGCCGUUGCGUCCGAGAAGACGGUCUACCUCAUCAACAUUGCAGACGCUGCCCACGCGUUCAACGGUGAGCCGAUCACUCAGGGCGAACUGCACCGUGUGGCGCAGACGUUCUCGGUCACGUCUCCUAUCGUUGCGAUUGACUUCGAUAUUCCGCGGUCGGCCCUUGCGACCAUAUCGGAGGAUUCCACCCUGACGAUGUGGAACAUCAACGACCGGUUGCCUUUCUGGUCCCACAGGGUCCGUGGCGACGACACGCCGUCUUCAUUGACCUUCGUUGAGAACGGUGUUGUCAUCGGCCGCAAGAACGGCACCGUCUUCCAGCUCCUAUCAAUCAUGGGCAGGCACGUCCUGUCGACCGUGAAGUUCGUGAACAGUGUCCAGGAGGAUCCGGACAUGUUCGGCCAUGUCAGCUAUGACUCGCGCAUUCAGACCUUGUGGGUCGCCAACAACCGCCGGGACAGUCUGAUUGCGCUGAAGGUCGCCUUCGACAACUCUGCGCCCUCUCCUGUCGGCGAGGACAUCGGCAGGGGCGCGUACUUCGAUCAAGUGUUGGAGUUUGGAGGACCGCGUCCGACCAUCCACUUCGUCAUUCUUACCGCAGAUGCUGAUCCUACCGGUGAAGAAGGACUGGCCGCUUGCAACGCGGCUAAGGUCCCUCCUGGGGAACUGGCUCUUGUCGCAUUCUCUGUGCACGCGAGUGGUGUCGACCAGGUGCUCAUCCGUAGCGAGUGGUUCAGUUCUGCCUUGGCGGCCGCCCCGGCUAGAUUCCCAGCCUAUCUGCCUCCGCAGCUGCCGGUAGGUGAAGCCAAGGCACAGCGCCCGGGUAUCCCUCCGCUUUUGACCGGCGGUUCGCUGGCCCAGGCUGCUCCUCCGCCACAGUUCAUGAACAUCGCACCGAGGCGUCCGACGCCACCGUCGGAGGAUGUCGAGGGCGAGCAUAGUCGUGACGAGUCCGGGCGUCUCCAAGAGCCGAAGGGUAAGAUCGCAAAGGGCAAGAACGUAGGGUGGAAGGACAAAGAGAAGGACAACGAGGGCAAGGAGAAAGAGGGUAAAGCACGUGGCAACGAUCCCACCGUCAUUGGCGACUCUCCGCUCGGCGUUGCGCUCACGAAAGAAAUGCGGAAGGUGGAGGAGAACCUUCACACCCGUAUCGGGCGACUGAUCGGAAAGGAGCUUGACAAGCAACACCAACGCCUCGAGGAUGCCCGAGCUCACGAACAGGCGGAGGACUUCGCGCGCCAGGAGAAGAUCCUGAAGUUGAUCUCUACCGAGCUGAGCAAGAACACGCAGCGCGUCGUCGAGAUGGCCGUCAAGAACGAAGUCCAGAACUCGGUGCUGCCAUCCCUCGAGAACAUCACGAAGACUGAGGUCAAGGCUGCGCUCGGCAAUCAGAUUUCAAAGGGACUAUCGGAAUCAUUCAAGCAGAACCUUCCCACUGAAAUCGAGAGGAUGCUCUUGCGCCCUGAGAUCUCCUCGCAGAUUGCACGUAACGUCUCCAACGCCGUCAGCCCUGUCAUCGAGAGGCAGGUGAAGGAGACCGUUACAAAGAACUUGAUUCAGGUAUACCAGCAGCAGUCCAACAUGAUGCAUCAAGAGUUGUCGCGUGAGAUCCAUAAUGAAAUCAUGGGCCUCAAGCAGGACGUCAAGGGCUGGCAGGAAGCAGCGUUCCGGAGUCAGGAGGGCAUGAUUCGUGAACUCGAUCAGACCGUCCGAUCCCUGGCCGAGCAGAUGAGACUGCUCACUCACAACUCAGUGGCUCCCAGUCGGACGUCACCGAGUGGGACCGCGAACCAAAGCCAGGGUCUGUCGCAACUUCUCCGACAGCAGUCAAUGCCUGCUACUGUACCUCAGCCACCGUACGCUGGUCAACACGGGCCCUUCCAGCAGUCGCAGAUGCAGCCCGCGCCCAUGCACCAGCCGUGGUUCAGCCAUCCCAUCGCGGCGCCGCAGGCGUCCCACCCGACCGCCCCGCCACCGCUGCCUCAGCAGCCGCUGCGAACGAGUCCACCGACACAGACUGAGGAGUGGGACGACACGUACCUUGCUGUGCUGGGCACGCAGGACAUUCGUCAGCUCCGUGAGCUCCUCGCACGGUCGAACCCUGAUGUCAUCAUGCCGCUCAAGGGACCUGGACCGUUGUCGCAGGCCGUCGUGCUCACUCUUGUGCACAGGCUAUCGGGGAUCGUCGGCGAGACGUCGCCCCUCGACGAGUCCUUCAAGAUCUCCAUGUGGUGGCUGCAGCGCGCGUCGUCGACGCUGAACUCCUCGGAUCCUCUCAUCUCCCCUUACGUCGCGCGCGUACUGCCGAGUGUCCAGCAGAUGCUGAACACGACGAAGUCGCGCCUCAGUAUCAUCCCCGGUCCGCCAAUCGAAGCGACCCGCACUAUCUCCGAAAUCCAGGACAUCCUCAGCCGCAAGCCGCUGUAAACAUGCUCAUGUUGACCAUCCGCCGCCAAUGCUCUCUCUUCGCUCUCCCUAAACCUCAAUGCUGCGCAUGAAAUUUUGCUUCACGACAUGCAAACGAGUUUUGCUAUGACCUCUUUACGCCCGUCAUGAAUCUUGCAAUUCCGUCUUGGGUUCUGUGCUCUCCAGCUGUAAACCGUCGAAAAUCCUGUAGCGUUGACAUUUGACAUGAUCAUCACGAUCUUGACGAGAAAAUACACAUUUCUUGCAUCAUCUAUCGCGUAUAGA